AUGAAUGCUUUAACCCAGACUGGUGCGGCUGCUGGAGCAAAUCAAAAGGCCAAGAUUGAUAGGCGGAUCAAGAAAAAAAGCGAAAAGGGAGAAGGAAGGCGUAAGGUCGAAAAGUUGCUGGCCUGACGUCAUACUGCGUAACACGUAUGUAUUGUCACAAAGUUGGAGGGACCUAAAACAGCUGCAGAGACUACUCGAAAUUAAAUAACCGUGAAGCGGUUAGGUCUUCGUAUUAGAGAUUCGGCUCUCCGAUAAAUGGGAAUUUAUUCAUUCUUAACACUUCAACUUCUCCUCGAUAUCUAAGGCAAGAGCAAAGCAAACAGUUUAGGUAAAGAGUCGCAAGUUUUUAUAAUUCGGUUAUGUUUAUUUUUAUAUAACACCGAUCAAAUGUCAGUUGUCGGCAGGCAAUUGUCAUCUGUCCUCCGCAGGGCACAGAUGGUGUUUUCUGUUGAUUCCAUACGACAAUUAAUACAUGUUGUGCAUUAUCGGCCGGAUUUAUUGAUAUUUAUUCAAUUGUCAUCCUUUGAGUACUUUGAAACAAACUGCAAACAAACAAACUUUGCAAGAAGCCGCAGGCCAUUGCACAUACACUUGCGAAGAUACGGUAUGAUUCCAAGGAAAAGUAUUGUUUGAAGAUGUCUGGCCUGUGUUUGGACGGGUUUAUGAAGGCCGGAAAGUUUUAUGAAAACACCGCCUAAAGGCCUAAUAAAAGGACGCGACUAAUCAUACCAAAAAGUUUGGAAUCGUUGAAGAUGAAAGAAGAGGCCUCGGCGGCAUAAGAGGUGCAUCCGUGCCGGAAAUCUGGUUAAGAGCCGGAUAAAGUGCUGGCCUCUCCUCAAAGGAAGUUACCCAACAAAUCUCAUCGGCCAUCCAAAGCAAUUUACUCGUUGAAUUGGCGGCGGAUAUAGUCUCGAAAAGUCUUGAAUGCAGGGCCGAAAGUCGCGCAAGCGGUGUUUUUCGAUCCGGCGGACCUAUUUGGAAGAGUAAAGGGGACUCAAUGCCAACGGAAUUCAGUUUACCCAAGUAAAAGAGGCGGUCUGACGAUGUUGUUUCGGAAGUCAUCGAGGCGCCAUAGAAUUCAGGAAAUCGUGGAGCUACUCAUCUGAUUGUCAUUGCUGAAUGGAGUGAGGCCACAAGGUCGGUCUUGCUUUUUACGGCUACCGUAAUCCUUGAUGGGAUGGCAUUUAUUAACGGAGGGUGUAAACAUAAACCUGUGGUUCAGGUGACUUUCCACAGACACUGUUGCGCUGAAUAAUUGUGAAGCGUGUUUCCCGUUUACAACCGCUACCAGGCGGGCGUUUAACUGCACUUAAAUGUCCUCCUCUUCCACGUCUCUGCCAUAAGAUUUACGAAGAAGAGGUCCGAGAUUUCCUCCCAAAACAACCAAUAUCUCCGCCUUAGGUUAAGCAACAUGGCCGAGAGAGAUUGGAUUCAAGGAAGGAGAGUCCGUGACAACUCUCGUCACUUUGAGUUUUUUGCUUUCAUCGGUACACCGAAACCAGAUAUAGAACAUCAGGCCCAGGUCUGGUUGUGGUUUUGGGCGUUUUGACUGAUACUUGUCACGUCCCAAGCGGCAGCCGCUCAUUUGCUUCGCUUGAAAGUCGUGUGCGGUUUUUCGUCAGAUAAGUGGUAUAAUCCCAUCUAUUAUCUUGUUCAUUCAGAUGCCGACUACCUGUGGUUUUCCGAACUGUAAAUUUAGAUCGAGAUACCGAGGCCAGGAAGACAACCGGCACUUCUACCGUAUCCCCAAGCGACCACUUAUUCUUCGGCAGCGGUGGCUUAGAGCAAUUGGUAGGACUGAAGAAACUGUGGUCAGUCAGGUAAAAAGAGCAUACCAAUAGAGGUCAAAAAGCGGUUAUUAUAGCUGAGAAUUUGUUCUGCUCAUUUCAAGGAUGGCGAGAAAAGAGAAGGUGACAUCCCCGUACCUGACCCCGAGGUAAAUCUUGUAGUCUCACUAGUUUGUGUGUAUGUAUCUAUGUAUAUUUAUGCUUUUUCUAUGUGUUUGAUGCUUUAACGAAUGGCUUUGAAGCAUGAUACUCCGAUUUCAAUUCAACUGCCACCUAAAGAAAACAAGUCCUUGGAAAAAAGGCGACAGAAGUGUCAGCUGGACAGUUCUAAAUGUUUGAAUAUGAGCACAACGCCUUUCCCUUCUUUGAAUCAGCUUUAUGAACGCUUAGGCUUGGGUGAUCCAAACCAAGUGGCCUCAGCUUUUGCAAAUGCUUUAAAAUCAGCAACCGAACAUACGUCGCUGGACCUGAAUUUAGGAUCCCGCCCAUCCUCACACGAUUCCCCACUACUGAAUUCGACUUCUGCUUUUGUGCCUUCAAGUGGUAUGUGUUGAUUUUGGCGCUACGACAUUUCGGGUCAGGGGAAAAAAAGAAUUUUUUGGUGAAUUUGAAAAAUUUUUGAAAUCUUUUCGCUUCGGGACUUGGGAAAAAGAUUUUUUUUGAGAUUUUGAACAAAUUUUUUAAAUGUUUUCGCUUCGGGACUGGGGAAAAAGAUUUUUUUGGAGAAUUGAGGUUUAUUUUUAAAUUUUUUUUAGGAAAAAAUAGGAAAAAUCCUUUUCCCAAGUCCCGAAACGAAAAAAUUUCAAAAAUUUGUUCAAACUCUCCAAAAAUCCUUUUUCUCACGUCCCGAAGCGAAAACAUUUCAAAAAUUUGUUCAAACUCUCCAAAAAAAUCUUUUUUCCAAGUCCCGAAGCGAAAACGUUUCAAAAAUUUUUUCAAAUUCACCAAAAAAUUCUUUUUUCGCAGUCCCUUAGCGAAAAUAUUAAACGGUAUCGUUGACCCGAAUUGUCGUUGACCCGAGUUGUCGCGACCCGAGUUGUCGCGACCCGAGUUGUCCCUGACCCGAAAUGUCGGGACGCGUUGAUUUUCAGUCCAGCUAUUUCACUUGUUAGCAUUCACGUAUAGUAGUGCACGUAGAGCUAAUAACUAUGAUUAUUAGAAAUUGUAACCGUAAGAUUCUUAAUCUAUGUCGAUUGAACGUUUCAAACCGCAAAUGGAUUCCCGAAAACACGCUCCUUCACAUUGUCUGUUUCCGCCGCCAUUUUUCGAAAGGGGUUUGCCCCGGCGGGAGAAAGACUGGCUGGUGGGGGAGAUCGAAUGGACUCAUUUCAGCCAUUCCAAGACUCUCCGGAGAAGAGCCGUUUCUGCGCAUUUCGUCCCUUUUCGGUUAAAAUUUUUGCGCAACCUUGGCUGGAUGACGCUACAACUCCACAACCCCGACACCUUUUUAUUCUCGUUUCAGGUGACCGAAACAGUGCGGUGUCCGGUUUUGGGGAGUCGGAGGCGUCGCCCCUCGCCCAGCUCUUGCUGCACCCUCUUCAUGCCACUGAUAACCUUCAACAUAAUCUUGGCCCAGCUGAUAACGUCGCCCCCUUGCUCGGCUGUGCGUCUUCUCUCAUUGAUGAUUUUAUUAUUAUUUUUUGAAUGUUUUUCAUCUCUAACGUUCAAUUUCCGUUACUAAAAAAAAAUUUCAGUAGGUAAUAAUCAGUUCGGGAUGAGACCUCUGGUAGCAUUGCUCGAUGGUCGCGACUGCGCAAUCGAAAUGUCCUUACUGAAAGAUGUCGCCACGGUUGCUUUUUGCGACGCACAGAAUCCCUCAGAAAUUCAUGAUCGGGUAGGUUAAAAGUACUUCAAAAAACUGGGCUUUUACGGUUAUUAUAAAAAAUUCAAGGUAUUUUGUUUAUACUAACUGUAGUUUUUUACUUUUAGGUACUGAACGAAGCCGUUGUGGCAUUAGCUUAUCACUCGAUUCAGUUGGAUAAAGAAGAUCUAAUGAAAUUCAAACGUCUAAAGGCGAUUAUUCGUAUUGGGCCAUCAACUGGCAACAUUGACAUUGAAACCGCUAGUGAUCGUGGGAUAGCAAUCUGUAACACGAAGGCAGAAUGCAUCGAGGAACAAUCGGAUACUACGCUUUCGUUAAUGCUGAAUCUCUAUAGAAAAACGUAUAUUUUUGCUCGAUCUUCGAGAAAUCAAGGUAUCGAAGGAUUGAAGGAGGUAUCAGCGGGUACCAAAAGACUUCAUGGAAGUUCUCUUCUUAUAGUUGGCCUUGGAAACGUUGGGAAAGCUGUUGCUCUAAGAGCUAAGGCCUUCGGAUUCAAGAUCACCUUCUAUGACCCAAAUAUUUCUGAAGGUAAGUUUAUACCUUAAUUAUUUCAUAGAAAUGCUUAGGAAUGGAGAAAGCUCUAGACAUUAACCGGUGCCUGAACUUGGAAGAAGCCCUCGCCAACGCUGAUUGCGUCACCUUCCAUUGUCCGGUGAAUGUAAACACUAAAAACAUAAUCAACGCGGUAAGAAGACAAUGAAUUUGUUUAAUAUUAUUAUAGCAAAACUUAAAACGAAUGAAGAAGGGCGUUUACAUUGUAAAUAUAAUCAGUGAAAAGUUGUUAGUGGAAUCGGAUGUGUUAACAGGCCUAAGAAAUGGGCAGAUUGGAGGCAUCGCCUUAGACUUGAAUACCAAAAACGAAUCGUUAAGUGCAUUUCCCAACGUCAUCUAUACUCCAAGAAUGUCAUGGUAUUCCGAUCAAUCAUGUAGAGAACUCAGGGAGGCUGCUGCUUUAGAAGCAAGAAGAGUCCUUAAAGGGGAAGAUCCCUUCCAAUUCCAUAAUUGUGUUAAUAAAAAGAUGAAAGCUGCCGCUGAACCUGCACUUCCAUCCACCUCCGUGGCCCCCAAUGUAACCUCUAUUCAUGGGAUCCCCCCAUUUUCCAGCACCAAUAGUAGGUCUUUAACCACAAGUCAUACAUUUUCAAAAAGAUUUCCUCGGAUUUCCUAAUUGUCUCGUAAAUACCCCGAUGAUGAUGUGGCCUACCAAUUUUGUAUCCGAGAAGCCUGUCUUUGGGAACAUUAGUGAAAACCAAAAUGAUGACCGCCGCGGUAAGAUUAAUUUAACUUUAUCAUAUUAUUCUAGCAGUGACCUCAGGCCUGCAUGAAGAUAGACCAUCAAUUUCACCGACCGUGGCAAAAGAGGACAGCAAAAAUGAUAAGGUAACACUCAUGAAUCAUAUGAAUACACAAGUUAAGUCCGAAAACGAUUAUAAAAACGGUACUAAUGCUUCAAAGGAAGAACAGAACAGCCAUGGGGAAGAUAAUGAUAGCCCACCCAUGGCAAAAAUCUGCAAACUAGAAGAACAAGUAAAGGUGUAAGAAGACGAAGUCUCAGGAUAUCAGAUCUCACGUUUUGUUGUCAUUAUGUUAUUUGUAAAUUAAACUAGAUAUCUCAUCGGAAAACCUUGUUUGUCUAACCUGGGGGAGGAUUCAAAGGGGCACUAACUUGAGUUAGCGACAUGACACAAAAGCGUGAGAAAAAGAAGUGCUAACUGGAGUGACCUCUCUUCUUUUUGAUUGGUGACUUUUUAUGGACAUUGGCCGAACUUUUUGGGCCAUAACUUUUGACACAAUGGACCAAUUUAUGCCAUUCCAAAAAAAUAUUAUUAACGCUUGUAGUACAGAAUACUUGGAUAUAAAUUUGUAAAAAUUCCUUCUAAAUUAUGCAAAUUUUUUUUCUUGGUAUCUUAACGGUCGUCUUUUAAUAAAAUGUUUCCAGAAAAGAAGUCAUUUUUGUAUCGUUUAGUGACCAAAGACGAACAAAAAGAUUUUGACAACCAGAAGCGGAAGCGACCGCACAGUCCAACAUUACCGGGAAGGAAGUUUUGCUCUGUAUAAGAUGACAUAAACAAGAUGUUCUUUACUGCGAGCUCUAAACCGGUAGAAUGGUUACUGGCAUCCGUUAGGAACAAUAGUUGAUGCAACGAACGAAUAGCUAUGAUUAAAGCGGUCUGAACGACCAAUUUUAAUUUUGCUGCAUGAUGACGCCAAACCCCAUAUUGAAAAACCGGUCAAGAACACCCCAGAACCGCUGUGGUGGGAGGUGUUACCGCACCCGCUAUACUCUCCGGACGCCGCAAUGUCAGACUAACACUUGUUUGGACCGACGACACUCGAUCUGAGGAAGCAACGUUUCGCUGAACACAAAAAUGUCAAAAGUUGGCCCGGUGUCUAAAUUUCCUCAAAACAAAAAAUAACGUUUUGACUGAUGGUAUUCAAAAGCUGCUCAAAUUGUUGGAAAAUGUCGUAGUUAGUAGUGGUAAUAAUAAUUAAACAAGCUUUAACGUAAAAUUUUUUGUUUUGGUUGAAAUUAUAAUAUCAGCCGCAAAAAACGACAAAGUCAUACUUCUAAACCUAAUAUACAGGGUGUUCCAAGAAUUAUGGAAAAAACUAUUCAUUAAUAACUUUGUGCUCGGUGGUCCAAUCCGAAUUUUUUUUUUUUGCAUUUUACAGAAAAUGGGCGGGAAAGGAUUCAGAGGACACAAUGUGACAUUUAUUUCAAAUUUUUGUGAUUCGGCGGAGAAAUUUUUUAACCUCGGCGGACGAUUUUUCUUCGACUUUGGAGAGUCAAAAUUAGCUAAAACCAAAACGUAUGGUAUCCCUGGUGGCAUGGCGCCUAAAUACGACUUAUUACGUCUUUGACCCACUGGGAGAAGAAAUAAAGGCAAUUCGGCGGAGAAAUCGGCGGGAAAAAUUAACGCAUUUUUACAGCCUCAUUUGUGAAAAAAACACUCCGCCGAAUCCAAGGCGGAUUACGGAAGUCUACGCUGAUAAAAGAAAAAAUGUUUUUUUGAUUCUAAAAACUCCAAGGUUUUUCUGCAAAAUGCAAUUCUGAACCCGAUAUUGCCCUGAGGCACAAGAUGUUCCCCCAGGCCUCUUCGGUACCCUACGCCAACGCAGAGUGCCAAUUUUCAUACAUGCAACUAGAAAGAUUUUAAUUACCAAGCUCAUCAAACGUGGUGUUUUUGCGUCGUUUUUUUCUGCUAAUUAUGGUUUGUAUCGCGACGAAAAACAAGCUUUUGGCGUAAUGCCUUAAAAAUUUUUUUGGCUUGCGAAGCUAAAAAUUUUUGUCGGUUGCACCACAAAAACAUUUUUUGCCAAAAAAAUGUGGCAUUGUGCAUUUUCUAUAAUUUUCCUUUUGUUGUGGCCACAUGCAUAAAGUGAUGUGUAACAGCAUAAAUAGCGUCAUAUUUAACAAAAAAUACAUGAAUAUAUAUUUAAGAAGCGUCAACAAUACUAAUAAUCUUAUUAAUUUGAUAUUCGGCGAUACCACCUCUUAGUAUAACAUAAUCCGGGGAUUGAAAAAAAUUCGCGUACAGAAAAUUCUGAAACUGAACACAUAUUUUCUCUGAAUUCUUCUGCAUCAACUGGCAUAUCGGGUAUACCCAUGUUUCGUUGGAACUGCGAGAUAUGACCGAAUCUUUAACAGAAACACCCAUGAUGUUUUAGAUGAAUAUGGAAAGGCUAAGAUGAUAACAGAUGUCAUGUUGAUUCUUAAAGGAGCUUAGUCCAUCGAAAUUUCAGAAAAUAUCAUUCAAUGAGUAUGUGUGCCGAUGGUUUUUGCGUAAAUUAGGUUGUGGUAAAUUAGAAUUUUCGGCGCUUCUUCUCUCUUUUUUUCAAUCAAUAAUAGCGCCGCCCCGUUAAAAAACAUUUUCCAAUUACGAAAGAACGAUGUGAACCGUGAAUAUCGCAAAAAAUAAAAUAAUUUCGGAGAGAGAAACUUGACGCAUUAGGGAAAGACGUGGCGCAGCUCGCAAAUUUUUUUUUCGUCUUGCAUGCGUUAGCUCGGUUUAGAUUGUAGAUACAGUUAGUUUAUUUUGUCGGUGCAUUGGAUGUGUGAUCAAAAAAGUUUGGACUCAAUUCCGGGAACUGCGACAUAUUCCAGCUGUCGUAGCCUGGAGAACAUUGAAGAUGCGAAUUCAGCGACCACGACCGAGUCAUAUGAUCGGAAGAAGCAAAGCUGGGUCGAGAAGGAAGCGGAUGCCAAUUAUUUCUUCACGAAUAAGGACAGUUUUUUCUUCAAGAAAGCUGUCUUUGCCAUAGGGAGCGGAGUCCCGCCGACUCCAGAACGACGAGAUACCCGGAUAAACUCAAUCAUGACUCCCUCAAUGGCUUUGGAUACCUUCAAAGAAUGUUUGGACAGCUAUGAGAAGCGUGAAAUUAAAAGUUGUAAACUAGUUUCUCACGUUGGAUCUGCUGCAGACAAGGACAAGAUCAGGAAUUAUUAUAAGAAGUACAAAAGCUUUGACGAUGUCCUUGGUAGAUACUAUAUUUUGCCACACGAUCAUUUGUAUUAUCGAUAUGAAAUUUUGAAAGAACUUCAGAAUGGCCGAAUGUCACAGGUAUUUUUUUAUUCAUGAUUGGGAUAGUUUUUUUGUUUAGAUUGUUCUUGCUUAUGAUCAUGAAAGAUGUCAGAAAGUAGUUGCAAAAAUAUUCCGUAACGAACAAUGGUCAAAGAUAUGUGCGCAAAAAGAAAUCAAGAUGUUCUGGGCGGCUGUGAUCAAGGAGAAAGGAAGUCUUUCCCUUCCUGAGUUAUGUGCUCGGAAUUUUAUUUGUUCUAUUCUAAAUCACUUCCAAUUCCGAGGGCAUUACGUUUUUGUUAUUGAGAAGUGCUCACGGUCUAUACGAAGUUUGCUCGACCAUGGUAUUCAAUUUUCAGUUUCCGUAAGUUACGGAACAAUUUUUAGGUAACUUUAUCUAGAAGAUUUGCAGUAUCUUACGACAAACUUGUUGUGCUCUUCAAUUCAUCCACAAUUUAAAAAUUGUACAUGGAUCCGUUUGUCCUCAACAUGUUGUUCAAACAUCGGAGAAGCCAUUCCAGAUUCGGCUGGUAGACUUUUCCUAUUCAUGUCUUGAAAGGGAAUGUAAAUUACCUCUACAUUUUCCUGAGGGGAAGCCAAAUUAUGCGGCUCCAGAGCUUCUGCUCGGUCGAAAAUACGGAAAGCCCUCAGAUAUUUGGGGAUUGGCCUGUCUGGCCGCUGAAAUGAUCACGAAAGAAAUCCUUUUCAAAGGUGACACGGAUACAGAAGUGGUAAGUUGUCUCUCGUACUUUUUUGUUCAUGAAAUGUAUAACUAAUACGUCUUAAAACUGUAGAUGACGAGCAUCGCUUCCUUACUUGGUGAUAUUUCUCCUCAUCUUAUUGUUUUGGAACCCAGUUCAGCGUCAAUAAAUAGGCCAGAGCAACCUUAUUUCGACAGGAAUGGAGUUUUUAUAUUUGAGGGGAAGAUUCUGAACAGGACCAGCAUUAGGGACUGUAUACCUCAGGACAUGGUGGGUUUCUCAAAUAAUCUCAAGUUCACCUUCCAGUUCGUUGACCCAAUAAAGUCGUUUCUCAAGACUUCACUUGUAUAUAAUCCGAUUCGACGGCCGACCGUAUCUACUCUUGUCAGAACAUUCACUUCCUCUACUUCCCGAGCAGCCCCCGCCUCAGCUAAACUUACACAUCACGGAAGUCCUUCAUCCAUAUCACGUUCAACGUCAGCUUGCCCACUCAAAUCGGAGACGGUAACCCGGUUAUCUAAGAGAAUGGCUUCGGAAACAGAUUACAAUGCCACCCCACGGAGAAAAAAGGCCAAGCCUUCUAUUGGUUAUAGCUAG